AUGGCGUCCUCAACGGAGGAGGACGACCAUCAUGCGGAAGAUCCACACAAAUCCGAUUUAUGGCAACAAACGCUUCAAGCAGCAGUUGCAGCCACAUCGCAAUCAGAAGCUGCGAAAAAACGGCAGCAACAACGUAAACCGAUGCGGCAAAGUAAUGUAGUAGAGAGAAGUGAGCGUUCAUUGUUGUGUCUCACACUCUCGAAUCCUCUCAGGAAGGCUUGUAUAACAAUUGUUGAAUGGAGACCCUUUGAAUGGCUGAUUUUGUUGAUGAUAUGUGCAAAUUGCAUCGCGCUGGCUGUUUAUCAACCCUAUCCUGCUCAAGAUUCUGAUACUAAAAAUAUUAUUUUGGAGCAAAUAGAGUAUCUGUUCAUAGUUGUAUUUACGAUAGAAUGCGUAUUGAAAGUUAUUGCACUAGGAUUUUUAUUUCAUCCUGGCGCCUACCUCAGGAACGCGUGGAAUAUACUCGAUUUCAUUAUCGUUGUUAUUGGACUAGUGAGCACGGCAUUAUCCAGGAUGAACAUCCAGGGUUUUGAUGUUAAAGCGCUUAGGGCAUUUCGAGUGCUUCGUCCUUUGCGUCUUGUAUCUGGAGUGCCUAGUUUACAAGUUGUGUUAAACGCAAUUCUUCGUGCUAUGAUUCCAUUGCUUCAUAUCGCGCUAUUAGUCAUGUUUGUUAUUAUAAUAUACGCAAUAAUUGGAUUGGAGUUGUUUUGUGGCAAACUUCAUUCGACAUGCUUUGACCCAGCAACUGGACAGCUAGCGCAACAUACGCCUUCAACAUGUGGUUUUGCAUCCUCCGCAUUCCACUGCCAACCAAAUGGACACUACGAAGGAGUGCAUUGGAUCUGCACGUCGAAUACUUCAUGGCAGGGACCAAAUAAUGGGAUAACAAAUUUUGACAAUUUUGGCCUGGCCAUGUUGACUGUCUUCCAAUGUGUCUCACUUGAGGGCUGGACUGACGUCAUGUAUUGGGUGAAUGACGCAGUUGGUCGGGAAUGGCCGUGGAUAUACUUUGUCACUUUAGUUAUUUUGGGCUCUUUCUUUGUGCUGAACUUGGUGCUUGGUGUACUUUCCGGAGAGUUUUCCAAGGAAAGAGAAAAAGCGAGGGCCCGUGGCCUUUUUCAGAAAUUUCGAGAGAAACAGCAACUUGAAGAAGAUUUGAAAGGAUACUUGGAUUGGAUAAAUCAGGCGGAAGAUAUCGAACCGGUUAAUGAUGAUGAACAGGAGGAUGAGCAACAGUUCAACGGUGAAGAGCUUGAUGAAGUGGCCUAUGAGAAAACGGAUGAUUCAAGACCUUCAUGGUGGAAGAAGAGACUACGAAGAAUGCAGAAAUUGAAUCGACGAUGUCGACGUGGUUGUCGAAGGCUGGUAAAGUCGCAAACAUUUUAUUGGCUAGUGAUCAUUCUAGUAUUGCUCAAUACGCUCGUUCUAACCACCGAGCAUUACAGGCAAGAACCAUGGCUUGACCAUUUCCAAACAGUGGCAAAUUUAUUUUUUGUUAUAUUGUUUUCAAUGGAAAUGAUUUUGAAAAUGUAUUCACUCGGUCUGACGACUUAUACAACGUCGCAGUUUAACAGAUUUGAUUGCUUCGUUGUCAUAAGUUCUAUUGUCGAAUUUGUUCUUGUGUAUUUUAAUCUAAUGAAGCCGCUGGGUGUUUCUGUGCUGCGCUCAGCCCGUCUUCUUAGAAUAUUCAAAGUUACCAAGUACUGGACCUCGUUGCGCAACCUUGUUUCUUCUCUGCUCAAUUCUCUUCGCUCCAUUAUGUCACUUCUGCUACUUCUUUUUCUCUUUAUUGUUAUUUUCGCUUUACUUGGAAUGCAGGUGUUUGGUGGUAAAUUUAAUUUCAACCCAAUGAAUCCUAAACCACGUGCAAACUUCGACACUUUUAUCCAGGCGUUAUUAACUGUAUUUCAGAUUCUAACUGGUGAAGACUGGAACACAGUGAUGUACAACGGUAUCGCAUCAUUUGGUGGUGUUGGCUCAUGGGGCGUGCUUGUUUCCGUUUAUUUCAUUGUUUUAUUCAUUUGUGGUAAUUAUAUAUUGCUCAACGUCUUCCUUGCCAUCGCGGUUGACAAUUUAGCCGAUGCAGACAGUUUAACAAAUGCGGAGAAAGAGGAAGAACAAGCGGAAGUUGAAGAAGAAGUGGCAGAAGAUGACUAUGAAGAUGAAAAGUAUGAUGAAAAUGGUAAUGAGGAGACGAGAGACGAUAGCAGAAUAGUUAUGGAAGAAGAAGAGGAAGGCGGUGAAAUAAUAACUGCACGACCUCGCCGGAUGUCCGAAUUGGUUACUGCCAAGCAACAGAAGCCUAUCCCAAAAGCUUCAUCAUUGUUCAUUCUUUCUCAUACAAAUCCUUUUCGGGUAUUUUGUAACAAAAUUGUCAAUCACUCCUACUUCACAAACAGUGUGCUGAUAUGCAUUCUUGUAUCCAGCGCAAUGCUUGCAGCAGAAGACCCGCUGGAAGCACAGUCACCUCGUAACACAAUUCUGAAUUAUUUCGAUUAUUUUUUCACUACGGUAUUCACUGUUGAAAUAACGCUGAAGGUGGUUGUUUAUGGAUUAAUGUUUCACAAGGGUUCAUUCUGUCGGAAUGCAUUCAAUCUACUGGAUAUUCUUGUUGUCGCUGUAUCUCUUAUAUCUUUUGUCCUCAAAUCAGAUGCUAUUUCGGUUGUUAAAAUUCUUCGAGUCCUGCGGGUGUUGAGACCAUUGAGGGCAAUCAAUAGAGCCAAAGGCCUCAAGCACGUCGUACAAUGUGUUAUUGUUGCGGUAAAAACGAUCGGUAACAUCAUGUUGGUUACAUUUAUGCUACAAUUCAUGUUUGCCAUCAUUGGUGUUCAACUCUUCAAGGGUACUUUCUUCCGCUGCACAGACGAAUCGAAAAUGACUGAAUAUGAAUGCAGAGGCGAGUUUCUGGCCUAUGAAGAUGGUGAUCCAAUGAAACCAUUGCGAAUGAGACGUGAAUGGAUUAAGAAUGAUUUUAAUUUCGAUAAUGUUGGCGACGCUAUGAUUUCACUAUUUGUUGUUUCCACCUUUGAAGGUUGGCCUGAUCUGCUGUAUGUGGCCAUAAACUCCAACGAAGAAGACCAUGGCCCAUUAUACAAUGCUCGCCAAGCGGUUGCUAUAUUUUUUAUCACAUUCAUUGUUGUCAUUGCAUUCUUCAUGAUGAACAUCUUUGUCGGUUUCGUUAUCGUUACUUUCCAAAAUGAAGGUGAAAGAGAAUAUGAAAAUUGUGAGCUGGACAAAAAUCAACGUAAAUGUAUUGAAUUUGCAUUGAAAGCGAAACCACAUCGGCGGUAUAUACCUCACAAUCGCUUCCAAUAUCGUGUUUGGUGGUUCGUAACGUCGCAAUUCUUUGAAUAUGUUAUAUUCAUCAUCAUCUUACUAAACACGACUACGCUGGCGAUGAAACAUUAUCCUCCAGAUCCUGGUAUGGACAACGUACUCGAUGUGCUCAAUCUCAUUUUUACGGGAGUUUUCGCACUUGAAGCAGUAUUUAAAAUCAUCGCCUUAAAUCCCAAAAAUUACUUUGGAGACAGGUGGAAUGCAUUUGAUUUUGUUAUCGUGUUAGGUUCGUUUAUUGAUAUUAUUUACGGGAAGCUCUCGCCUGGCUCAAAUAUCAUAAGCAUUAAUUUUUUUCGUCUCUUCCGUGUGAUGCGAUUAGUAAAAUUGCUAAGUAGAGGAGAAGGAAUUCGAACAUUACUGUGGACUUUUAUGAAGAGCUUUCAGGCGUUGCCAUAUGUUGCCCUUCUAAUUGUUUUGUUAUUCUUUAUUUAUGCUGUCAUUGGAAUGCAGGUAUUUGGAAAAGUAGCUCUAAAUGAUGAGACUCAUAUUCAUCGCAACAACAACUUUCAUACAUUUCCUGCUGCUGUGCUUGUCCUCUUUCGGUCGGCAACUGGUGAAGCAUGGCAAGAAAUAAUGCUCUCUUGUUCGGAUAGAGAUGAAGUGAAAUGUGAUCCGGCUAGCGAUGAUUACAAACAGAAUCCGGAUGCAAAAUGCGGAGUGGAUUUUGCCUACCCAUAUUUCAUCUCGUUCUUUAUGCUUUGUUCUUUCCUGGUUAUAAAUUUGUUCGUGGCAGUUAUUAUGGACAACUUUGACUAUUUAACUCGAGAUUGGAGUAUCCUUGGGCCACAUCAUCUAGAAGAAUUUGUCCGAUUGUGGUCGGAAUAUGAUCCGGACGCAAAAGGACGAAUAAAACACUUGGAUGUCGUUACUUUGCUACGUAAAAUUUCACCACCACUAGGUUUUGGCAAACUUUGUCCACACCGACUUGCUUGCAAGCGUUUGGUAUCAAUGAAUAUGCCGUUGAAUUCAGAUGGUACAGUCUGUUUCAAUGCAACACUGUUUGCUUUAGUGCGAACAAAUCUAAAAAUUUACACAGAAGGAAAUAUCGAUGAAGUGAAUGAACAAUUGCGAUCAGCUAUUCGUCGAAUUUGGAAGCGUACUCCACAGAAAAUGCUGGAUGAAGUGGUGCCACCAGCAGGAAGAGAUGAUGACGUUACAGUCGGAAAAUUUUAUGCUACUUUCUUGAUUCAGGAUUAUUUUCGUAGAUUUAAAAAAAGAAAAGAACUGGAGUCCAAAGGCAUUGUACCGCAGCAAACUUCACAGGCAAUGGCCUUGCAAGCAGGCUUACGAACGCUUCAUGAAAUUGGACCAGAAUUAAAACGAGCAAUUUCGGGCAAUUUAGAAACUGAUUUUACGUUAGAUGUGGAAGAACCUCAACAUAGACGUCCCCACUCACUUUUCAACAACAUCAUUUCGACACUCGGUGGUUCGUCUCGAGUCAAUCAAGUCUAUCGUGAAGAUCGAGCAAUUCGAUCACUUCCAAUGACUGCUAACCGUCAACUAUCUCCUACACGUUCAUUGUACGGUAAUGAUAUGAUGUCAGUGACAACCCAUGGUAACACUAAUUGUUCAAUCAAUAUCCCACCAUCGGCACGCUCCAAUGGUGGUGUUCUACAACGACGCCUACCUCAAAUACCUUCUCCAAAUAUAUCCCUUGAUCAGAAAUUACUGGAAAAUGAUUUACUCAAAGUGUCACGAUUGCCUAUAAAAGCCGAACGUCGUUAUAUACUGGCCAAUAGAAGCAUGCCUUUGGAUAGAGAUGAAGAAGAAUGGUGCGAAAGGAGAGAUACGAAUAGAUUGCGAAAUGAUGAGACGUGGACAAAUGAUGGUAGGCCUGGAAAAGGUUUAAGGAAACCUUUCAUGCUAGUAAGAAAUCAAGCAAUGGCUAUUGCCGGUGUGCCAACUGAUAUAAGUGAAGCUUUUGAAGGCACAUAUAGACCAGCACCAGAUGGGAAAUCGGUACGGCUACCACUUUCAAACAGACCAGUAUUAAGGCCACCAGAUGGAAAUGACGAAGGCUUAACCGAACGUCUUGUUGGUGAAGCUCUGGCACUGGGUAGAUAUAUGGAUGAACGCGUUGUUGAGGCAGCGCGACGAGAAAUCGCAGAAGCUUAUUCAUUGGAAGAAUCAGAGCUUGAAAGUGCAGCGGCAACAUUGGCAGAUGCACAUUACAUGGAGCAUCUUGGUAUGGAACGUUGUGAAGUACAAGAUUUCAACAGAUAUUCAGCACGGGCGCUUCUGAGACCUGCACCGUCACAGGAAGCCCCUGAAGACGAUCUCUUUGUUACAACGUUGUAA